GUUUAAACGGCUUUAACAUGCAGUAGCCCAGGUCAAGUUAACAAAUGGUUGAGUUUAAGUAACUGAGAAAGGAACGGAUGGGGGAGGGGGGGUAAGUGUUUUCUAUAACAUGAUGAACAGUUCGGUUGGUAUUGUUUACGAGCAAGCUUCAAAUCGAGUUACCGUGCACUAAUGUUGGAACAACAUAUCCCCUUGGUCAUAGCUGCAUGUGAUUGUUCAUUUUUGAGUUUGAAAACUUCAUACUGGUCAAACGUUACUUCUCUGAGACAGUCGAUGAGGUUAACUUACAAUUAUGUAUGCCUAUACUAGGCCUGAUACCGCAAUAGCCCACACAGCACUACUUGUACAACCGAUAGAUCCGAUCCAUUGUCUCUACUGGUCAGUUUGCGUUCCAGUCGUGCCAGUAUCCACGAUGUACGCACGGCUAAAUGGAACGUUCACACAUCUUUAAAUAUUACUCCGCGUUUGCGAUCACCAUUAUGUACUUUGUAACCGAACUUAAUGUUAUCAUCAUCUAGCCGCUAGUAGCCUACAAAAGUAAAACAAAAUGAGUGAUUUUAAAGUGUCAUUUGACCUUCUCGGGAUUUGGAAAGGAGAGGGAACGAAAAAAUACAAUCCUCGGCUCGAAAUACCAACAAGACCACCAAACCCCGGCAAAGCAAAUGACUCCUAGCGUCAUUAUGAGUCAUUUCAAUAACUGCACGUUAUCUACAAGUUACAACAAAGACAAAUGACGUGUGACAGUGUUGACGUCUAGCUAACGUUAAUGCAGUGGGGAUACAUUACAUUGCUAGUAGUUAACGUUAGUACCGUUGCUUAGCCAGUGAAUAACUUUCAGAUCAGCUUUGGGUUGUGUGUGUGUGUGUGUGUGUGUGUGUGUGUGUGUAAACUGUAAUUCCUUCAGUUUUCAGUAAAACGUGCUUAUGAAAUGCAGACAAGCUUUGUUAAUCAAGAGCAGUGCGGGUUCCCGUAAAAGUGGCAGUGUAGGCUAAAAAAUGAGCCAAUUGCACUGCAGGAUGGGUUGUAGGCUACUCCAGCGACCUAUUUCUCACCCAAAGAGAAAACCAAUAUGAACGUAUACAAUUAACAAAACACGUAUGUGAAUGGCAAAAAGUAACAGAUUCCGCCAACAAAGCCAGUUACAAGGCUUGGCAAAUACAUUGCUAACGAACACGGGGAGAACAUGCAAACUCCACACAGAGAGGCCCCGGCCGACCAGGAGCUGCACUUCUGCACACCUUUGAGCAGCAGGAUGAUGCAGGCAGGAGUCUGUCUGAGACAGGACACUGAGACAACACUACCAGAGCUCACUGAGCAGCACAGGAUCAGACUGAAAGAAGAGGAACUCAGUGGACUGGAGUCAGAGACAGAGUGUGCUGCACCAGGACUCAACACACUGGAGCCAGAGUGUGCUACAGCACACAGCGGGGUCAGUGAUGUACACCAAACACACACAUCAGUGAUAAAAACAGAAGCUGAUCUGGGCUCCACCCACACUGGGGAUCUUAUUAAGACGGAGAGCCCUGAAAGGACAGAGCUGGGAUAUGUGACCCAUCUGCAUCCUGACCAAAUCAAAACAGAGGCUGAUGAUGGAGGAUACCUUUUCACAGAACGCAUCAGUGACUUGCAGGAUAUUAAAUGUGUUCGUAUUAAGUCUGAUGAAGUGAAGUGUGAAUCCAGUGAAGGUUUAGUGAGUGAUCUCAUGAACACUGUGAUGACUGGAGCUGGUGUUGAUCACAGAGACAAACUUGAACCAUGGCAAUGUGUAGGAGAGGCAAUGUGUAGAAAUGAAGCAGAAAUUCAUCCAAGUGAAAAGCCAUACAACUGUCCUCAGUGUGAGAAAUGCUUUUCCCAGAACUCCCAUUUAAAUGUUCACCAGAGAAUUCAUACAGGUGAAAAGCCUUACACAUGUCUCCAGUGUGGGAAGGGCUUUUCCACAAUAUCUCAUUUAAAUGUUCACCAGAGAAUUCAUACAGGUGAAAAGCCAUACAAAUGUCUCCAGUGUGGGAAGUGCUUUUCCCAGUCAAGUGCUUUGAAAGGCCACAAGCUUAUUCAUACUGGCGAAAAGCCGUACAAUUGUACACAGUGUGCAAAGUGUUUUAGUACAAAUUAUGGUUUAAAUACACACCUGAGGAUCCAUACAGGUGAAAAGCCGUACAAGUGCACACAGUGUGCAAAGUGUUUCAGAACAAAUUCUGCUUUCAAUACACACCUGAGAAUUCAUACAGGUGAAAAGCCCCACACAUGUACACAAUGUGGUAAGGGUUUUAGAGCAAAAUCUUAUUUAGAUGCACACCUGAGAAUUCAUAAAGGAGAAAAGCCAUACAAGUGUACACAGUGUGAAAAGUGUUUUAUUACAAAUUCUGCUUUAAAUAUGCACCUGAGAAUUCAUACAGGUGAAAAGCCAUACAAGUGUGCCCAGUGUGACAAGUGUUUUACAACAAAAUCUUAUUUAGACAUUCACAUGAGAAUUCACAGAGGUGAAAAGCCAUACAAAUGUACACAGUGUGGGAAGUGUUUUUCCUCAAUGUCUGUUUUAAAUAGCCAUCAGAGAAUUCAUACAGGCGAAAGGCCAUACAAGUGUACACACUGUCACAAGUGUUUUCGAACAAAAUCUUACUUUGAUAUUCACCUGAGAAUUCACAGAGGUGAAAAACCAUACAAGUGUACACAGUGUGUGAAGAGUUUUUCCUCAAUAUCAGAGUUAAAUAUCCAUCAGAGAAUUCAUACAGGCGAAAAGCCCUUCAAAUGUACUCGGUGUAGGACAGGUUUUUCCCAAAGAAGUGCUUUAAAUCGCCACAAGAUGACUCAUGCAAGUGAAAAGCCCUACAAAUGUCCUGAGUGCGAGAAGUGCUUUUCCACAAUAUCUCAUUUAAAGAUCCACAAGAGAAUUCACACUGGUGAAAAGCCCUACAAAUGUCUCCAGUGUGGAAAGUGUUUUUCCCAAACCAGUGCUUUAAAUUGCCACCGACUGAUUCACACAGGUGAAAAGCCGUACAAGUGUACACAGUGUGACAAGUGUUAUCGUUAUAAAUCUGAUUUAAAUGCUCACAUAAGAAUUCAUUCAGGUGAAAAGCCAUACAAGUGUACACAGUGUGAGAACUGUUUUGGUACAAAUUAUGGUUUAAAUACACACAUGAGAAUUCAUACAAACGAAAAGCCAUACAAGUGUACACAGUGUGAGAAGUGUUUUCACACAAAAUAUGAUUUAAAUACACACCUGCGAAUUCAUACAGGUGAAAAGCCAUACAAGUGUACACAGUGUGACAAGUGUUAUCGUUAUAAAUCUGAUUUAAAUGCUCACAUAAGAAUUCAUACAGGUGAAAAGCCAUACAAGUGUACACAGUGUGAGAACUGUUUUGGUACAAAUUAUGGUUUAAAUACACACAUGAGAAUUCAUACAGGAGAAAUGCCAUACAAGUGUGCACAGUGUGACAAGUGUUUUCAUACAAAAUCUGAUUUAAAUGCACACCUGACAGUUCAUGCAAGUGAAAAGCUCAAAUGUAUUCACUGUGGGAAGUGCUUUUCCAAGACAUCUAACUUACGUAGGCACCAGAGAACUCAUACUGAUUUAAAGGCCUAGUUUUGUCAGAGAAGUGCUUCUAAAAUGUAAAGGUAUUUAAAGUUCCAGGAAACUGAAAUCUGUUAUCAUUUUUGGCAUUUACAAAUGACCCAGAAAUAUUUUUAAAUGAUUCUUGCAAGUAGCUGCAAAAGUGGUUUUCAGUUGACAUCGUUAGCUGGGUAAAAUGUACACUCAGUGAGCACUUUAUUAGGUAUUUAUUUGACUUAUAAUUAUAUCGUUUUUUUUUUUUGGUUUUUUUACUUAAGACUUACUGGUCUUCUGCUGCUGUAGCCUAUCCACUUUGAGGUUUGACAUUUGUGUUCUGUUUUAGCACCAUUCUAGAUAAACUCAAGAGACUGUUAUGCACGAAAAUCCCAGGAGAUCAGCAGUUACACAAAUAGUCAAACCACGCUGUCUGGCAGCACGGUCGAAAUCACUGAGAUCACAUUUUUUGCCCCAUUCUGAUGGUUGAUGUGAACAUUAACUGAAGCUCCUGACCCUUAUCUGCAUGAUUUUAUGCAUUGCACUGCCACACAAUGGGCUGAUUAGAUAAUCACAUGAAUAAGUAUGUGUACAGGUGUUCCUAAUGAAGUGGUCAGUUAGUGUAUUUCAGUAAAAAGCUGAGACCAGUGAAAGCCUAUGGUUAAGGUACAUGACUUGGCCCCGCAUGGUCAGUGGUUUGUUCACCAGUGUAGCCACAAUAAGAUCCGCACAGCCGUUGGGCCCUUGAGCAAGGCCCUUAAACCCUGCAUCUUCUGCUUAGUCUAAUCAACUGUACGCCGCUCUGGAUAAGGGCGUCUGCCAAAUGCCUGUAAUGUAAUAUGAUGUGAUUGAAGAGACACACAAGAAAUUGGUAUCAUUUCUGGAGGGCCACUGGCAAUAUUACAAUCACCCCAGCAGUUAAUUUAAGGAAAUUGUAUAUAUUCAAGGAUCUACAGAAGCAACAGUUUUGGUCCCUGUUGUGGAUGGUUCCUGCCUGCUUUUAUGUCCUGUAACCCAGUAGUAAGGGGCUCAUUGGACCUGGCUAAGAAGCUGGCGCUGGUGCCAUGGGGCCGUCUGGGUGCACUCCCUGUUGCCGAGGGACAGACAUGUAAUGGAUCGGCAAAGCAUGUCUACCGUUAGCGCGCAAUACUCAAAUAGCCUUCAAGCUUAGAUAAGUGGAAUCAAAGUCUUUAUAAACAGGUUUUGUGGUGAUCAAAUUGUACAAUUGUACAAAUUGUAAAUCAGUAUAAUUUGUUUGAAAAUGUGUGAACAUGCCAACAUGUAUUCUGAAAAUUAACUUGACAGUACUGGCCUGUUCAGUUCUUUUGCUCCCCAAGUUGGAGGUUGUGAUGUGCAUGUCGGAUAAAGCUGAUCAUUAGCCUUUCACGCAGAUCAGAGGGUUCCUUUCACUCUGUUGUAUAUGAAUUAUGCAUGAUGUUGUUUACCAUUUUGAAUGUGCACAAACCAAUGCCUGUGUACCAUGUACAUUUCUGAAUAAAUUAUUUGCACCUCUCUC